GAUAAAAUAUUAAGUGCUAUUUUUGUGACUUUUGACAUUAAGUGCUAGUUUGGAAACAAAAACUUGAUUUAGUGCUAUUUUUGUCUUUUUCUCUAUUAUAAAGUUUCCAUUUAUUUUCCCUCUCGUUCAUGUUUUGAAAAUUUACAGAAAAGGUACCAAACUUGAUAGACUUCACAGAAAUACCCCAAGAUACUCACUUGCUCUCUCUCUCUCUCUCUCUCGUCUUCGUCGCUCAAGGCUCAAGCCACAAUGCCUCGCGGGUACCAACGAGCUCCUUCAAUAGAGGCACCAACAGAGAUUUCGGCGGAGAAGAAGCUUCAUCCAAAUUACCCAUUUCUCAUGUCCUCAAAAGGUUUCGAAUCAGACGACAGCGACGACUACUCAGACCUCGAUUACGACGAUCAGUUCCAGUUCAGCAUCAACACCGACUUUCUUGUCGACGCCAAAGAAGUAUCCUUAGGGGAACUGAUCGGCGAAGGCUCUUCUUCUAAAGUCUACAGAGGAUUGCUCAGGGAAGUGAACCCUGUCUCAGUGAGGAUAUUCCAGCCUGAAAGAGCGUCUGCCGUUAGCAUUGAGCAGAAGAGGAAGUUUCAGAGGGAGGUUCUGUUGCUCUCCAAGAUUCAACAUGAAAACAUUGUGCAGUUUAUCGGGGCCUGCAUAAACCCAAAGCUGAUGAUAGUUACUGAACUCAUGCAAGGCAAUACUCUUCACAAGUUUAUGUUGAGCACUCGUCCAAACCCUCUUGAUCUGAAGCUCGCCAUUAGCUUUGCCUUGGAUAUUGCUCGUGGAAUGGAGUUCUUGAAUGCAAAUGGCAUCAUUCACCGUGAUCUUAAACCCAGUAAUAUGCUGUUAACAAAGGAUCAGAAACAUGUGAAGUUGGCUGAUUUUGGACUUGCUAGAGAGGAAACUAAAGGUUUCAUGACUUGUGAAGCUGGUACCUAUAGAUGGAUGGCUCCUGAGAUAUUCAGCCAUGAGGCACUUCAAGUUGGGGAAAAGAAAGAGUAUGAUCAUAAGGUGGAUGUGUACAGCUUUGCUAUUGUCUUCUGGGAGUUGCUUACCAACAAAGUCCCAUUCAAGGGAAAGAACAACAUCUUUGUUGCUUAUGCCGCCAGUAAAAACCAGAGACCAAGUCUGGAUAAUAUUCCGGCAGGAGUUGGUCGUCUCCUUGAAGCAUGCUGGGCAGCGGAUCCUAAAGCUCGUCCUGAGUUCAAAGAGAUUACAGUGUCACUAGAAAAAUUGCUUAGAAGCUUGUGCUCGGAGGAUGAUGCUUCGUCAGCCAAUGUAGCAACCGAGGAUUCAACAACUUAUUUGGUUCAGGAACGUCUUGUCUAUGACUUUCCCAAGCUGAAGAUAAAGACUAGUAAGAGGAAGAAGAAGAACAAAAACAAAGUGAUGAAUAUGAUGGCUCCGUUUCUCAAGAUCUUCAGAGAUUGUAUUUCCAAGUGAGUGAAAAGUAGAAGAAGAGAGUGUUCCUUUGUUCACAUAAAUACACAACACAACUAUACCAAUUCGUAUAUCACGUGUGAUUGAUUAAACUAAUCAAAAGUGAUAGAUAAAAAAGUUACUUGGAUUCAUUGAAACAAAGUAC